CCCUGUAAAUGAGGCUCUUGUUGAGGCUUGAAAACUGCACUGAGCAUUUGGCCGCUGUAUUCCCUUGCUAAGAGCAGGAUGAAGUGAUAACUUCAAAUGCUACAUCCAUGUCCAUGAGGAUUUUAUUUAACCUGGAAUCAUGGAAGCUGGCAUUCUCCAAACUGCUUCAAAAGGAGAACAUAUGCAUGGGGCUCCACCCUCUCAAAAUCAUCUUUUCUUGGGAUGUUUGCAGUCUCAAAAAUCUGAAAGUCAGGAUAGGAUUCUGGCGGUGUUCAAGAAGUCUUCAGUCUAUAGCGUCAAACACCAAAUCCUUCAUUUCCAAGAGCAUUGGGUACAUAACAACCGGCGUUCCUUUCUCCGUUCAAAGGUUGGUCACUGAAACCUUCGUCACCGUCAGUGUUGGCAAAGCUUUUCAGAUAUACAACUGCGCAAAGCAUAAAUUGGUGCUGAUGGGUCCUCAAUUACCGAACAAAAUACGAGCACUUGCUUCACAUCGUGACUAUGCCUUUGUUGCGUAUGGAACUCAUAUUGCGGUAGCGACGUGCCAAGGUCAAUUCUCUGCUUUUGUUUGGACAGCACAAUCAGUGUAGAUGCUGAUGGAAAUAUCUUCUUUGGGGCAUUAAAAGGAAUUGAAAAUA